CAAGGAAGUGCCCAGGAAACUCCUCACCUUUCCUUGAAGUUGCCAAGAGUAGGACCCUGUCUAAUUAAUUUAUUAUUUAUUCCAUUGAAAGGGACCGCAAGAAAUUGCCAAGAAAAUCUCAUCAUCUUUCUUCAUCAAACAUGUAUUUCCAAUGCAACUUUCAACUUCUGAAUUCUCAAUUUAAGAAGAGUACACUUUCAGUAGUAAUCCGUCAUAGAUAAACAAUUACUUCUCUGAUGGCCGUUCAAGGUGCUUCUUCCUCUUCCCUUUCUUCUUUUACUCAUAGGUGGAAGUACGAUGUAUUCUUGAGCUUUAGAGGUGAGGAUACUCGUAACAAUUUUACUGCCCAUCUAUAUGCUGCUUUAGUUCAAAGAGGCAUAAACACAUACAGAGAUGACGACAAGCUUCAAAGAGGGGAAGAAAUCUCACAAGCACUUUCCGAAGCUAUCGAAAGCUCAAGGAUUUCAGUUGUAGUACUCUCAAAAAAGUAUGCAUCAUCGAGAUGGUGCUUGGAAGAGUUGGCGAUGAUCAUCGAUUGUAAAAAAACAAAGCAACAAAUAGUUCUACCAGUGUUUUACGAUGUAGAUCCAACAGAGGUACGACAUCAGAGUGGGAGUUUUGGAAAAGCAUGGGCUGAACUUAAAGAUAGACUCAAUGAUGAGACGAAGGUGCAGAGGUGGGAAUCAGCCCUUACAGAAGUGGCCGGCUUGGCUGGGUUCACUUCAGUAGGCAGGAACGAAUCUGAAUUUAUCCAAGAAGUUGUUCGAACGGUUUUUAAAGUAGUAAAGCCUAAAUCUUUAAAUCACAAUUCCAAUCAUCUAGUUGGAAUACAGUCUAGAGUACAGGACAUCCAUAAUAAGCUUUCAAGUGUAGAAGUGAAAGACACUACACGCAUACUAGGGAUCUUUGGAAUUGGUGGAGUCGGUAAAACAACUCUGGCUAAAGAGAUCUACAACUCAUUUCUUGACCAAUUUGAAUAUAGUUGUUUUCUUGCAAACGUGAGAGAAAAUUCAGAGCAAGGGAAGGGUUUAAUUAGAUUGCAAAUGACACUUCUUCGUGAGAUCCUAGGAGACUCGAGUUUGAAGGUUCGAAAUGAAGAUGAAGGAAUGGGUCUCAUAAAAAAAAUGCUUUGUAGUAAAAAGAUUCUUUUAGUUCUUGAUGAUGUGGAUCAAUUAUUCCAAGUUGAAAACUUACUUGGAGAUCGUGAUAGGCUUGGUGAUUGGCUUGGUUUAGGUAGUUUAAUUAUUAUAACUACAAGAGAUGAAGGUUUAUUAACCAAUUAUAAUGUUCAUCUACCAUACAAGAUGGAGGAAUUGUAUCACAAUGAAGCUCUUCAGCUGUUUUGUUGGAAUGCCUUCAAAAAGGAAGAACCUAGCCAAGGUUUUGCAGAACUCACAGAAAAUUUUUUGCGUUAUGCUGGGGGCCUUCCAUUGGCUUUAACGGUGCUGGGGUCAUAUUUAUAUAAAAGAGAAGAAAUUAAAUUUUGGGAAGAUGCUCUAGAAAGGUACAAAAGAAUUCCUCCCACGAGUAGCUUUCUCUAUAUGUAGUUUUGAAAAGAAAGAAAGAAAGAAUUGCUCAUAUGUAGUUUGUCAUGCUGCAAGGCAUUGUUUUACCAAUCUGUAUCAGCAGUUGUAGUAACUAUCUUGGUACAGAAAAGUAGAUGAUUUCUGAUUACAAGCCGUAGUUCAAUCCAAAAUGUAUUCUCGCACACUGAGCUAAGAAGAAAUGCCGUUGCAUACUUGCUUUAGUCAGA